UUAAAGUCUUGCACAGCCGUUACGUGAACACUUGCCUCUAGUGAAAGCCGAACGACGGUCCAAGACGGUAAAGCCAGCAGUGUAAAAACAAUGAUAUAAUACAGUUUUUUUAAGUUUUUUUUCUAAGGCGAACAGUGUUUCCCAAUAUUAGCGGUCCGUAAUAUUGUGGAAGAAGUCAUUGCGCCUUAAAAAACAAAAAAAAAUGUGUGAAAACAUAGAAAACUUAAAAAAUAUGGAGUGCCUCAACGGCAAUGAUCUGCUAACGCCAAAUUACAAUGAAAUCGGGCAUGAACAUUUCAACCAGGCAUACCCCGAUGAGCGCAUAGCUGAUUAUUUCCAUAACUCUGUCAUCCUCGUCACUGGCGGAACCGGCUUCGUCGGGAAGGCUUUACUGGAGAAGCUGCUGAGGAGUUGUCCCGGGAUAGACACCAUCUAUGUCCUCAUGCGGCCCAAACGCGGACUUAGUGUGGAUCAGAGGUAUAAGGAACUCUUGAAGAAUCAGGUUUUCGACCGCAUCAGAGCGAGGUGGCCAGAACGCUUGAGCAAGUUAUACCCCAUCACUGGCGACGUCUCAGCUCCUAACCUUGGCGUCAGCGUUGAACAACAGUUGCUGCUGAAAAAGUGCAACACAAUUUUCCAUUCGGCGGCUACAGUGAAAUUCACGGAACCUCUUCAUGCUGCAACUACCUUAAACGUUCAAGGGACUGCAACACUCUUGAAGUUGGCUGGUGAUAUGCCGUUACUUAAAGCACUGGUCCACGUAUCAACAGCGUACAGUAACGCUCCAAGAAGUUACAUAGAAGAAAGAGUCUACCCUCCCCCGUAUGAUCCGGAGUGCAUCAUCAAAUGUGCCAAGAUGUUGCCGGCGGAAACUGUGGAUAUCAUAGCUGAGUCUUUAAUGGGAGAACAUCCAAAUCCAUACACAUUGACGAAAUCCCUUGCCGAGUCCAUCGUAUACAGCCACACAGAGCUACCUGUCUGCAUCAUUAGACCUUCCAUAGUAACGGCCGCCUUCCAAGAGCCAUUUCCAGGAUGGAUCGAUAAUGUUUACGGAGUGACAGGUAUAAUAAUGGAGAUAUCCCGCGGUACCUAUCGUUCCGGGUAUUGCAGGGAGCGGUACGUCGUGGACCUCGUACCCGUUGACAUGGUCGUCAAUAGCUGCAUCUUAGCUGCUUGGAGACAAGGGUCGAAGAAGCCAGGCCAUUGUCCAGUCUACAAUGUUACAUCUGGAUCAAUAAAUCCCCUACAAUGGGGACAUUUUACUCAACUCUGCGUCAAAUGGGCAAGAGAAAACCCUACAAAGUAUGUUAUGUGGUAUCCAAACUUUGCUUUCACGGAGUCUCGGUUUAUAAAUACAUUUUGGGAAAUAUCUUGCCACUUUUUACCAGCUUUCCUAUACGACUUACUGCUCCGAGCACAAGGAAGAAAAGCUAUAAUGAUGAAACUUGCACGACGUUUCAAAAUGGCAGCGGCAACUGGCGAAUAUUUUGCCAACCAUGAAUGGCAAUUCGACGUCUCGGAAUUGACAGCUUUACACAAUGAAGCAAAUUCUGCCAGCGAUUCCAGUGCCUUCGCACACUGGCCUGGGCAAUUCAACUGGGAUUCCUAUAUUGGUUCAUACAUGCUAGGUAUUAGACGGUUCAUUUUAAAAGACGCAACUGAAUCACUCCCUCAAGCAAGAAAUAAAUUGAAAAGAUUAUAUUGGGUACACAGAUUGUUUCAAGUUGCGACAGGCUACUACGUUUUCAAAUUUCUAGCGGGGCGACUACGAUAGAUAAUGUUUUAUACGAUAAUUAAAUAAGAAACCUCAAAAUAGAUUAAAGUAAAAACCAUCAUAUGGAAAUAUUGAUAGGAAACAUAAAUUUUGAUGUAAUUUUUGUAAAUAGCUCGUUUCCGGUCAAUUUAUCAUAGAUUAGGUAUCAAUUGAAUUAUAAAUUUAACAAUAAACCAUAUUGUGUUUUACGAAUAGCUAAGUAAUUGUUUGACAUGGACUGC